ACGUAAACAAGAAGAUACAAGCAUAAAUUUCAUUCGAAUGACAGAAAUGCACACAUUGAAUCAGCUGUUGUGGGCCUUAAUUGAAAACAGAGUGUAAUUUUUUGGUGACUAUAGCUGCAAUAUUUGUAAGCGUAGUCGUUGUACUUGAGAUGAUAAAACAAAAACUAAUCGGAACCACUAUUCUUACACGCUGAUGUGACAGAAACGCGCGCAGCAUUGAUACAAACUUCAUAGGAAGAGAGGAGCACAUUCGAUUUGUCUAUACAUUAUUUUGUCGAUAGAAGAAAGACAACACGACUAUUGGCGAAUGCCGAAAAAUUAUUUGUAGUUAUAAUAAAUUGUGCACUAUAUAAAAGCGAGGAUGGCGAAUUGAGUGCACAAUAAUAACACUAGGGAAUAACCGCAACCCACUUGUUCUCUCCUCUGACAUUGCUUAAUUUAAUUGAAAUCAUGAGAAGUAUUGUACCGGAAUUAAUAAUAUGUUUCAUUGUGAUCGUAACGAUAACGGCUGUCCGCUUGGUUUCCGUGUUUUUACACGAAAGUCUCGGUGGAGGACCAGUUGUACCUUCUAAUGUGGAUAAUGCAUCUGUUGCUCAGGAACAGUUAACACUGUCGCAGUUGAUCGAUAAGAAGUCCAAAGAAUACUCUUGGUUGUUACGACUCUCCGUUAACACGCUCGGAUAUUUAUGCGUUAUUAUUCCGGGCCUGUUGAUUUUCAAGUACACUCGGAAAAUCAAGUAUUUAGAACGAUCGGACAAAUCGAUAAUUUCCAAUGCAGUCCGCCUAUGUUUUGGAGGAGCUUCGGAUGGAGAACGUAGUGUUGAUAGCAAAAACCAGGACAAAGCGGCUGUCGGAAAAAGAACAUCUGUGGAAGAUUGUAUAUUACUUUUCUAUUGUUUGUUCGGAUUGAUGGGAUCAUAUUUGACAUGGGGUGUGUUACAGGAAAAAAUUAUGACUCAAGAGUAUGAAAACGCCGAUAAGAAAAAGGUACAUUUCAAAGAUUCCCAGUUUCUUGUGUUCACAAACCGUGUUCUUGGAUUUUUGAUAACGGCUGUUUAUCUGACAUUGAAGGGGCAAUUGAAACAACGUGUUCCCAUGUACAAAUAUUCGUACGCUUCCUUUUCAAACAUCAUGAGCGCAUGGUUUCAGUACGAAGCGUUGAAAUUCGUCAAUUUCCCCACACAAGUGUUGGCGAAAUCCUGCAAGAUCAUCCCAGUGAUGAUCAUGGGUAAAAUAAUCUCUCGCAACAAGUACGAGUUUUAUGAAUAUAUUACAGCUAUCAUGAUAUCGGUUGGAAUGAUAUUUUUCCUUACUGGUUCAACGGAUGAAUCAAAAACAACCGCAGUGACAACUCUUACGGGCGUAUUGUUGCUCACGUUCUAUAUGGUUUUCGAUAGCUUCACAUCUAAUUGGCAAGGUGAACUGUUCAAAACGUACUCAAUGUCGUCGAUACAAAUGAUGUGCGGUGUUAAUCUGUUUAGUACGCUGUUUACGGCUGCCUCCCUGUCCAUGCAGGGUGGUUUUUCCAGUUCCCUCCAGUUUGCUGCCGAACACCCAAAGUUUGUUUUGGACUGUGUUGUCCUUUCAAUUUCAUCAGCAAUAGGCCAACUUUUUAUAUUCUAUACUAUAGCCACCUUUGGAGCCGUUGUAUUCACCAUUAUUAUGACAUUGCGACAGGCAAUCGCAAUUCUACUGUCUUGCUUGAUUUACAAGCACAACAUUUCGUUUUUGGGAGUGAUAGGAGUUUUCAUCGUGUUUUUGGCAAUUUUUCUGCGAGUUUACUGCAAUCAACGGCUAAAAGCGAUUAAGCGAAGACAUGCAGCCGAUGCUUCUGCUGGAAAACCACGGUUAAAUGUUUAGGAUUCCAGGAAAAAUAAACUAAGGCUAGUACUUGACUAUAUUGAAUUUCUCUGCUAUAUGCUACAACAAUGAUGAAAUUUGCACAAAGAUGGUUUAACUAUUUUAACUUAAACUAAAGAUAAUUUGCUUUGAAGCAUUAGUAUUCUAAGAUCUGUUCACUAUGUCAUAGUUUUCUGAGAUUAUGUUGAAGCUGCGCAAAGAGGGAUUACGAAAUCCUUACGAUGUAAUCAAUAGAUGUGACAAAAAAGUUUAUAAAGUUUUUGACGUGGGACUACGUCUAACCGGAGUAUAUGGGGGGUAAAAUGAAAACCUAAACACAGAACAUGCAGGAAAAAAUGAAAGAUUCCGAAUGAUUAUAACUCGAACAUUUCUUACUGGAUCGGAAAGAUGUUUGCAUCAAUUGAUAGGGAAUAUUUCUACGCUUCUAUCGCAAUGAAUAAAAUGUUAUUUCUCAUUAGAUAAACAAUUGAAUAACUGUAAAAUGAUAAGCGUUAUCUAAACGGCAUAACUGCCUUAUUUUGAUUGGCCCUAUCUACGAUUUCCCUAACACAGCCAUCAAACCCAAGCAGCCUUGGGUAAAUCAGCAUUUGAAAUAUAUGAAAGUCGGGGGUAUUUUUGUUCCGACCGAAAUGUGUUUCCCUAACACAGACUUUAAAUCCAAGGAGCGUGGGGAAAUUGGCAUUCCAAAUACAUGUAAGUCAGGGGCAUUUUUGGUCCGACUGAAAUGUGUUUCCCUAACACAGAGUUCAAAUCCACGUAGCGUGGGGAAAUCAACAUUGCAAAUACAUGAAAGUCGGGGGAAUUUUUGUUCCGACUGAAAUGUGUUUCCCCAACACAGACUUCAGAACCAAGGUGUCUGAGGAAAUUGGCAUUGUAAAUUCAUGCAAGUCAGUGGCAUAUUUGUUCCGACUGAAAUGUGUUUGCUUAACACAGACUUCAAAACCAAAAUAUCUGUGAAAAUCGGCUCUGCAAAUAAAUGCAAGCUUCGAGUACUUUUGUACUCGCUUGCCUUUGUGCAAACUAGAAAAUGUUUCUUUAACAGGGUCUCCUAAACUUAGGAACCUGGGAAAAUCGUGCAGACACUAGAGACGAAUGAACUUUCAAGUUUAAAUCCUUUAUAGUAUAAAAAGUAGAAGUUGAAGUUUUUGAUUCAUGCAAGUCGGGGGUAUCUCUGGGGGUAUAUUUUUGCACUCCGCAAAGUGUUUUCCUAGCAUGGAUUACAAAAGCGGGUACGAACACAAUGCUUUGGCUCGGUUAUUCACUAUUGUAUUGAAGGAUAUACCUUCAUAUCUUCCGCUCAUUGAAUUUCUACGCAUACCAUUUGAUGAUUAGGCAAAAUGGUGUUAACCAUUUGCUGCGAUAACGCCUAUUCAUUAAACAAUAUGCGUUCGACAUACAUGUCAAAAUCGGAACUGAGUGCCUGAAGUUCAUAUAAUCAAGCGAAUUCGCGGUUCAAUAAUUACGUCCACUUGAGAGAUGCAAACUUCAGAAGCAAAUGUAAAAUAAAAUAAUCGUUUGAAAAUUAUCCCGUUCACAAACCGUAAAAGGACUGUCAUUAAAUUUACUAUCACAAUGCAUGAAUUGACCUUACAUGACAUUUCACAAUCUUUUUACUUACAAAUCAAAUAUAUUGAAUUCGGGAAUUGUUUCAUUCCAUCAAAAAUUUAAUCAAUACAAACAAAUGAUUGAUAAGCUAAGGUAGUCCCACGUCAACCUUGCGAUUA